AUGUCGAAAAGUUCCCUGAGCUUCGUUGGACGACGAUGUAGGCCAAGUCAAUCAACUGCGAUCUCGUCUCGAAAUUUCUCCACUACUGCCUUAUGUAGCGCCAUUGGUCCGGAAAAUCCCAGGUUUAUCGAAAUACCUUCCACUCUACAACCAGACGCCCAAGGGCAACGAGACAUUAAGGGAACUUUACCACCCCCUCGAAACCUUUUCCCCAAUCGCGGACCUGACAAAAUUUCCAAAAAAUAUCUAGAUGCCGUAACUCGCGAGCCGGCGAAGCCUUCCAGCAACCCAAAUGAUUAUGCUGCGUGGAAGCAUCGACUAGCAACCCAACGACGGGAAAGCUUGAAAGAGGCAUUGGUGAAACUUCACAAGAGAAAAUUAGACCAGGAACGGAUAGUCGCAGGCAACAGUCGCUCGAAACGACAGGCCAAUGAGAAAAGAUUGAAGGCUCCCCAGCGAGAGGAUGAGAGGCUGAUGAAUCCUACCAUCACGGAAGCUAUGUCGAAACUGCAAGUUGGUUUUGUUCCAGACCCAGAAAGAGAAAGUGAGCUGGCACAGAAGGCAUUGAGGGUGCAGAGGAAGGAAGCCGAAAGGGAGGAACAGAGGAGGAAUGCGUUGCAUACGCUCUAUAUGAAUGCUAGGUCAUUCAUCACGACCGAGGAGCAAUUAAAUGCCAAGAUUGAGGAGAUCUUCACAUCUCCUUUCGACAAGAACUCGCCGGACAAGACAAAUAUUUGGCAGGUACACGAAAAACCACCCACCGUCCAGGAUAUGCUUUCAGGCGUCAAUAACAGCCAGAAGACCACACUCGGACAAUACUCAUCUCCUGCUGUUAUCACUGGAUUACGAAUGCACCACAUCGCAGAGAAGCUGACAGGUGGAAAAAUGGACUAUUGA